AUGUGUGUCGAAGACAGGAUCAGUAGUUUUCCGGAUCCUAUUCUUUGUCAUAUUUCGUCAUUCCUUCCCAUUAAACAAGCAGUUCGAACCUCUAUUAUUUCAACCAAGUGGAGAUACCUCUUUGCUUCACUUUCUACCAUUAAAUUUGAUGCUUAUUCAAUGAGUGAUUUGACUGACAGAAAUGUUGACAGCUUCAAGAACUUUGUUGAUAGGUUAUCGAAAUCCCCCGAUCAGGUAAGAUUAGAUUGCUUUAGGCUAAGUCAUAUGAUUUGUUCAUGGAAUGAUUGGAAUGAUGGAGAUCAUGAUUUUGAUAUCUCUGGUUGGAUAUGUGCUGCAUUGUGCCGUGGUGUUAAGGAAAUUGAUUUGCAGUUAAGUUAUCGUGAGGAUAUUUUACCAGCUGUUUUAUUCACUUGCGGCUCACUGGUGACACUGAAAUUGGAUGCAGUAGGUCAUAAUUUUGAGUUCCCAUCUGACGUUUGUUUAGGGAAUCUGAAGACUUUGCUCUUUAGAGACUCAUUUUUCGGUGAUUCCGUUCUUAGGUUCAUUUCCAAUUGCCAUGUCUUAGAAGAUUUGGCUUUUAUUGAAUGUGAUUUUUAUACAAGUGACAUCAAUAUCCAAACUCCUUCGCUUAAGAGAUUUAUUUUAGAUUUUAAUCUAGGAGAAUUCGCAGAUUUAAAGUAUGUGGUGGUGAUUAAUGCUCCUAAUCUUGUUUAUUUUCAAUAUACUGACGCUGUAGCUCAAGGUUAUACUUUGAGUACCAUGAAGUCUCUAGAGAAUGCUCAUAUUAAAAUCUGCGGGUUUGAUACCAUUGAUUCUCAAGCAAUUGCAGCUCAUCUUAUUCAAGGAAUUUGCAAUGUACGGUCUCUACGUUUAACCAUUAAUGAAGGGAUUUUCCGAACAAGUCAACUUCCUAUAUUUCACAACCUUAUUGAAUUCGAAUUUCUUGGUCGUGGUUUUAAUGGGAGAGAAAUUUAG